AUGGUGUACGGCGCGGGCUCUGGCGCGGCGCCUGCGGGCGCGGGCAGCAGCGACGCCGUCGCGCGCGCGGUCGCUGCGCUGCGCGCCGCCGCCGCCUCGGGGCGGCUGCUGGCGGCGGGCCGGGCGGCGACGGGCACCGUCGGCAACGGCGCGGCAGCGGCGGCCCAGCAGCAGCAGCAGCAGCAGCAGCAGUUGGCGGCGCCCGUGGGGCUCGUGAUUGAUGGCGCCGCGCUGGCGCUGGCGCUGCAGCCUGCCCACGAGGGCGAGUUUUUGGACCUCUGUCGGUCGUGCGCCGCGGUGGUGUGCUGCAGGGUGUCUCCAAUGCAAAAGGCGCAGGUGGCACGGCUGCUGAAGCGCUGCGCUGGAGCGGUCACGCUGGCGAUCGGUGAUGGCGCCAACGAUGUCUCUAUGAUUCAGGCGGCCCACAUUGGCGUGGGCAUCAGCGGGCGCGAGGGCCGCGCCGCCGUGCAGGCGGCCGAUUUCGCCUUCGGCCAGUUCAGGUUCCUGCUGCGCCUGCUGCUGGUUCACGGCCGCCAGUCGUACCUGCGCUGCCGAGAGGUAGUGCUGUACGCAUUUUACAAGAAUGCGGCGUACGUCAGCUGCUUCGUCUUCUUCACGCUGUACUCGGGCUUCAGCGCGCAGUCCCUGUUUUUCUCUGUCUACAUCGCCACAUUCAACGCCAUCUGGGCGUCGUUGCCCACCAUCGCCUUCGGAAUUUGCGAGCAGGACGUGUCGUGCGCGGCCGCGAUGGCCAACCCCCAGCUCUACUCAGAGACCCGCACCCAGACCCGGGGGGAUUUCGUCCGCGCCUGGCUGCUGUGGAUAUCCCUGGGCCUCUGGCACGGCGUCUGCGCAUUCUUCAUACCGCUGCACGCCAUGGCCACGCCCAACAGGGCCGGCGCCACCGCGAGCGUGUACCUCCUCGGCACCGCGGUGAUGACGUCAGUGAUCGUCAUCGUCACCCUGCGGGUCGCCAUCCGUACCCAGUAUUGGACCGCCCUGAACCACGCCACCGUCUGGGCCAGCCUCGCCCUGUGGGUGCCCUUUCUGGCCGUCCUCGGCUCCAUGUGCGCCUCAACCCCCGGCCUCGCGCCUCUCUGCGGCCUCGGGGCCGGGCUGCUGGGCACGCCGGUGUUCUGGGCUGGCGCGGUGCUGGCGGCGCCGGCGGCGGCGCUGCUGGCGGACUUUACCCUGAUGGUGUUCCAGCGGGCGCUGGCGCCGAGGCCCAGCCAGAUACUGCAGACCAAACCUUGA